AUGUGUAAGUCCCCGUGGAUACAGUUGCUCCUGUUGGCGCUUGAGGUCGUUGCAGUUUCGGCUGACACGAACGUGAAAGCGACACUGGUAUCGGAGGUCAACAAGCUUGCCGGGAACACUCUUUCCAGCACCUACGUUGUGAACAGUGUGGAGUGUUCUGGGUCCUAUGACAUUCGGAAAAUUGCCACGGCAGACCUUGGUGGUACUCUAGCGGCAUGGAAACUACCCAAAGAGGUGGUGGCCAACUUUCAAUCCUUCCACUUUCAAGUCAAUGGAGAAACAGGAGUGUUGGAUGAGUAUGUUGGCGCCGGACGCAACCCAGGCAAUGGAAACGAUAUCGAGGUGGCCUACAUGUAUGCUCACGCCAACGGAAAUCUCAACAUACAAAAAGAAACCCAUCGUUACUAUUGUGGCUGUGGCUUUUGGUUCCUUUUCUGGAUGGAUAAUCACUACUGUUUCAAACAUGAGCCUCGCAGCUUUACAACCGCCGAGCUUGGCUACAUUACAAAGACCCUCCGUUACCAUGCCUACAGCUAUCUCAAGACGAAGCUUAACAGCGUUCACUCUUCACAACACGAUGCCGUGAGUAAGGCUCAGAAGGCCAUUUUCUCUCCGAGACUGUUCACGCCUCAUCAUGCUGCUGAUUGCCUGCGAGAUGAGACGGCCUUGAUCGAGAGAAAAGCAUGUGACGCUGGCAAAGAUUCCUCUUCUCUCAUUGAGAAGGCAACCCGCAGUCUCCUUGCCAAAGUCCCAUCUCUCAAGAAGGAUGCAGCGUCCAACAGUGGCAAGUCUACGGUGGUUGAUAAGAUAGUUGGAAAAGGGUUCACGGAAUUUGAUGAGCAUGUUACGCUAAGCCAAGUCAAGGGGGUACAGGAGAAUGGAAAAGAGCUUGUCACAUGUGUUGUAUGCAGAUUCGAUUCCGAUACUUGGAUACUCUUCCGAGCUGCCUUUUCUGUAGAGGCGGGUCACCCUCUCUGCAAAUACGUGACAGUGCUUGCCAAUCAUAAUACUGAAACCAAAACUGUUGACUGGGUCGUAGCCAACAUUCGAGCUUGCUCCUGA